AUGUUCCUCGUUAAGACCGGCGUGAUGGGCUUUGCCAUACUUGGGAUAUGCUCCCGGAUUGCUCUCGUGGCAUCCAUGUCGAAACCCGUUUUCCCUCCUGUGGUUUCGGAUAAUGUCAGUUCUGCCGACCAGAUGAACCCUCUCGCGGAUGCAUCGGCCAAGGCAAAUGCUGAAUGGAUUUACUGCAGAGAACCUGCGUGGGACGCUGCCGUGACGGACAUUGCAUUCGUGUUCCUUUCCAUGUGUGCAAUUGUCGAGUGA